AUGUCUUCCUCCAACAAACACUGGCCUAGUUUGUUCAAGAAAUCCAAACCGGACAACCAUCAGAAUUGGCAGCAUGGCAUGAACUCCACUCUCUUGUCCUCCGCUGGAUUCCAAACUACUCCGGUUACUUUAGGUGCAGAAGUUGAUGACAGAAAUCCAGAACCGAAGCCAAGAUGGAAUCCAAAACCUGAACAAAUUCGCAUUUUGGAAUCCAUCUUCAACUCCGGAAUGGUGAACCCUCCAAGGGAAGAGAUCAAGAAGAUACGAGAACAGUUACAAGAGUUUGGCCAAGUUGGUGAUGCAAAUGUCUUCUACUGGUUCCAAAACCGCAAGUCUCGAAGCAAGAACAAGCAUAGACAGCUCCACAGCAAUCCAAGAAACAAAAGGAAUUCUGCUGCUUCUGCCGCUGCUCAAAGCAGCACUGCACCACCUAACUCAUCCUCGUCAUCUUCCUCUGAUCAACCAAACGUCUCGACCAAUUCGACCAACGAAGCGAUAAUGGUUAACAAUGUUGGCUUCUCCAAUGAGGGGAUGGGGGUGCUGCCUAAUUCCCCCACUGUGAACCAAAACCAGGCUGUUGCUUAUAAUUUUCUUCAACCAACACCUGCUGAGACUAAUUUUCAACUACCUACACCCCCACCAUCACAAUUUUACUCUUUCCCUGUGGAGAAUAAUAACAAUAUCAAUGAAAGAGUAGCACAAGGGCUUUACUUAUCUGAUCAAUAUUCUAAUAUGGUUCAGCCUUUACCUCAACAAAAUGUUGCUCUUCCUUUGUUUAAUCAUGAGAUCAUGAUGAACUAUGGAAUUGGAAAUUCCUCUAUGAAUAACCAGCAUGAUCAAGAGGAAGCAAUGAAUUUGAUGCAGAUGAACCAACAAGACCCACAUCAACUUGGUUUUGGUUUCACUUCAAGGACUCAUGAUGAUUCAUCUCUUGUUCCUUUUCCUCCUGUUGCCAUUAAUCCACAUCUUACUGCUCCAUACCCCAUCCCUCAAUUUCAAGGUGUUGGUGAGGAAGAUGAUAAGCCAAAAUGUAGGGUGUUAAUUAACAGCACUGUAUUCGAAGUUGAAGUGGGACCCUUCAAUGUUCGUGCAAAUUUUGGAGAUGGUGCCGUUCUGUUUGACUCCUCCGGCCAACGAGUUCUCACCGACGAAUGGGGCGUCACCCUCCACUCACUCCAACAUGGUGCUUCUUAUUACAUGGUCUGUGUUUUUUUUUCCUUAUAA